UAGGCUUAUUAGGUUAUGAUUGCUUGUUUAAGGUGGUAUCGUCUGCUUGACUCGUAUUGGUUUGAAAUAUUUUUAUCAACUAUACGAUUACAUGUAGAAUAUAAUUAUAAUGAUUGCUUUUAAUAGAUUGUGCACAGCAUUCCAGCGAAUAACAAUCAGUAAACGAGCUAAUGUUAUCACAAGGUUCUGUUCCUCCUAUUUUUCAAGAGAUCAACAUAGUAACCUACCUAAAAAUUCAAUAAGCGUAACACAUUCUGAUAUAAACAUUAAAUUUGCACCAAGGACGCUCAACAUAGAUUUUGGAAAUCUGGACAAUGCUGUUAUAAGAAAUAUAAUCGAAGUACCAGUUAAGGAUAUACCAUCGAUAGGAGAACCUUUAACACGACGACCAAUACAACAUGAUCUACCACUGACAAAUAAAAUUUUAGAGCUCCCUACACUAGAGAAUGUUGUGGAGAAGCAAGCAAUACGUAUGCUGGUGAUUAGGAAACAUAAAAUGAAGAAACAUAAGAGGAAGAAGCUGCGCAAACGAACGAAAUAUCAAAUGGAAACGAUAAGAAUGAGACGUAACUUGCAAAAGGAAAAAUUAUUUCAGACAGAAUUAUUUGCAAAAGUUCAAGAAGCUGAAGGAUUUGAUGUACAGGCAUACAUUGAGGGAAGAUUGAAUGAACUACUUAAAGAACGCUUACCGAAAACAUUUAGGGGUGAAAUACUACCACAAGAAAUGAUUAAGAAAUUUUUAGAACAAGAAAAGGAAAGAAAGAAGAAAAGGAAGAAUAAAUUUCGCUUAACUCUUGAUUAAAUACAUGUACUAGACAAAUAAAUAUUCAUUGUACUGUGAA